AUGCAGGCUAGUGUUAUCAUAGUUUUAGUUGGUUUACCAGGAGCUGGAAAGAGUACAUUUUCCAAGUUGUGUAAGACAUAUUUAACAGAAUAUCAUGUUGAAGUGUAUCAUUAUGAUGACUUGUGUGUGACUUUUUCUACAGAUGAACGAAAAUCGAUCUUGAAUCAAGCAGAGAAUUAUAUUUUACACAAUAAAACACCUAAUGUGUUAAUUAUUGAUGAUAAUAAUUAUUAUAAAAGCAUGCGUUUUGCAUAUAUGAAACUCUGUAGAAAAUUACAUCUAGGAUUUAUGAUUGUAUAUUUUAAAAUGUCUUUGGAGGAUGCAUUGGAGCGUAAUGCACGUAGAAAUGUAAAAGAAAGGAUUCCCAAUGACAUUAUCAAAGAGAUGUUUGGUAAAUUAGAAGUACCAACAGGUGAAUAUGUUGUUAACAUUAAUAUUUCGCAUGAUUUUUGUGAUUUUGAUUUGGAUUUCAUUCGAAACAAAAUUCUAAAUGCAUCUAAAACUCCUCUGUGUCAAGUUGAAGCAGUUAUUUCACUUCCAAUGCCGGCAUCUUUGCUGCAAAAAGUUGAUUUAACUCUGAGGAAAAUUGUACAUAGAAAAAUCUUAGAAGACAAAACGCGGGCCAGGGAGUUAAAUAUUUUAAAGAAAGAUGUGUACAAGAAAAUUACAAGUGGAGAACUUGUUGUUUCGGCGGAAUUUGAUGAGAUGGAAAGUGAACUAGCGCAAUAUUUUGUUUAAAAUUAUAAGAAAUCAUUGUUUUAUUGUAGAUUGUGUACAAUAAAAGAUUAAAUAUGUUUUAAGUGGA